ACCAAACGUUACAUUUGAAAUCUCCGGUCGUGCCGCCGCUGCCUCACCGCCCCUUCAGCCAAUCAGAGGACGGAGAUUUUCCCGCGAGGCAUGCAGCGAAGAGAGGGGCGUUGCCCUAAGAUCUCUAGUGGGCGUCUCCCCGUGGACGAGGGGGAGGGGCUUAUCGCCGCCGUGUGGCCUGUCUCUCUCCAUUGAUUGCCAGCCAGGAGCAGCGCUUACCUCAGCGAGCACAUAAGGAUGCCACAAACAGUGGUGUGAGACUGGACGACUACUUGAAGUUUUGUACAGAAGCUGAAACAAUUGAGCACAAUGAAGCAAGUUCCUCAUAUCAUUCCUAAUCCCGCUGUGAAGCCCACCCCCCCAGAGGUGAGUCGGGAGUGCUCCGUUUUCCUGGGCAGAGCUCAGAUUUCCGCCGAGGGCGUAAUACAGAAGCUGAACGGCCACGAUGCCUUGCCUUUCCUACCGACUGACAAACUAAAGGAUCUCACGUCUCGGGUAUUCAACGGGGAAUCGGGAGCUCAAGAAGCCAAAGUGCGUAUUGACUCCCAAGAAAUUCAAGGCCUUGGGACCCCACCCAACACAACUCCAACCAAGAACGGAUCCCCGGAGAUAAAACUGAAAAUCACCAAAACCUACAUGAAUGGGAAACCCUUGUUCGAAUCUUCUAUAUGCGGCGAACAGGGGGGAGAAGCUCCGAAACCUGAGGAGACCAAAGGCAAAAGAGGAAGGAAGCGGAAAAGUAUAAAGUUUGAGCCUAAAGAGGAUAAUAAACAAAGUGAUGAAAGCCCAGAAAAGUCGAGUCCUGCCGAACCCCCUCAAGAUAAGUCUGCUUCAAAUCUGGACGCCUCCGACCUCAAGGAAGAUAAAGAAUCCACAAAAUUUUCAGUUGGAGACCUGGUAUGGUCCAAGGUGUCUGGCUAUCCGUGGUGGCCAUGUAUGGUGACCUCCGAUCCUGUCCUGCACAGCCACACCAAGAUAAAAGGGCAAAAAAAGAGUAUCCGCCAGUACCACGUGCAGUUUUUUGGCAAUGCACCUGAAAGAGCUUGGAUAUUUGAGAAGAGUUUAGUGCCCUUCAAGGGGGAAAACGAGUAUGACCAUCUGUGCCAGGAGAGCGCAAAACAAGCGCCCAAAGCUGAGAAACUUAAGCUUUUAAAACCAAUAUCCGGUAAACUGAAAACCCAGUGGGACGUAGGUAUGGAACAAGCGAAAGAAGCCAUAUCGAUGUCCAGAGAAGAGAAGAAGGAUAAAUUCACUUUCGUAUACAUCAAGGACCGUCCUCACCUUAAUCCUAAAGUAGCGGGGGAAGCCGGUAUCCCUGUGGAGACGUACGAUGAGGAUGAAGAGGAUGAGCCACCUGAGAGCCCCAAGAAAGAAGAUGAAGUGCCCAACAAGAGGAGGAGGGUGUCCAGGAAUUCGUCUUCUAACUGUCAAGACACUGACCCUGAUUGGAAAACCACUACUGCAAGCUCCGAGCCGAAAAGUGGCAUGACGUCCCCUCCGCCGAAAAGGAAAUCUGGAGGAAGAGGCAGAAAGGGGGAUGCGGUGAACCAGUUCCUAGUUUUUUGCCAGAAGCACAAAGAUGAGGUAAUAAGUGAACAUCCCGACGCUUCCAGCGAAGAGAUCGAAGAGUUACUCGAGUCGCAAUGGAACAUGCUCAGCGACAAACAAAAAGCCCGCUAUAAUACAAAGUUUGCCAUAAUCACCUCGCCCAAAUCUGAAGAAGACUCUGGUACAACACCGAAGACCGCGGGGGAAGUCAAGCGCCACGCAUUUCAGGAGCAACCAAGGAGGAGAUCAAGAUCAAGAAGUAGAUUGCAUGGAAAUGCGCGAAACCACAUAGAGGCGGACGACAAAGCACCCGAUGAGGAAGCUGCUUCUAGGAGGAGGCUCAGGACCCCAAAUCAGAAGCACGUGGAAGCCAGUAAUGAAAAGUCCACCAGGCAAUUAAGAGGCAGAGAAAGCGCCCCCGUUAAGUCCCAGACAGCAGUGCACCACCUCUCCGAUGCCUGUAAGCCACUGAAGAAGAGGAGCCGCAAUUCUGACUUGGCCUCGGUCACGUUGGGUGCGAGCAAGAGUUCAUCUCCUGUGUCGAUGAUCGAGAACGAGGUGUCUGAUGAGAGGUCAGAGUCGCCUUCAGAGAGCGCGGAUGAAUCGUUGCUGUGCAAAAAGUCCGAAAGAGCAAAGAAGGAACUCGUGUGUCUGCUCUGUGAAAAAGCAGGGGAUCUGCUGUUGUGUGAAGGCCUGUGCUGCUCUGCUUUCCAUUUAUCGUGUCUUGGACUCUCAGAAAGGCCGAAUGGCCCUUUUCAAUGUGAAGAAUGCACAUCAGGCAUCCAUUCAUGUUUUGUAUGCAAAGAAAAGGAUGCAGAUGUGAAGCGCUGCAGUGCCUCUAACUGUGGCAAAUUUUACCAUGAGUCCUGUUUACGCCAGUAUCCGAAUGCAACAUUUGAUGGGAAGGGAUUCCGCUGCCCGCUCCAUCACUGUGCCAGCUGCCUUAUUCCUAGCCAUUCAAAUGCCAGGACAGUCAAGGGUAAAUUGAUAAGAUGUGUGCGCUGUCCAGUUGCUUACCAUGGAGGAGACACUUGUGUAUCUGCAGGAUGCACAUUGCUCAGUCCUUCCAGCAUCAUCUGUUCUGCUCACUUUGUUGCGGUGAAGGGCAAGAGCAACCAUGCCCAUGUCAACGUGUGCUGGUGUUUUGUGUGCUCCAAAGGUGGAAGUCUGCUGUGCUGCGAAUCCUGCCCUGCUGCUUUUCAUCCUGACUGCUUGAAUAUUGAAAUGCCAGACGGCAGCUGGUUUUGCAAUGACUGUAGAGCAGGGAAGAAGCCGCGAUAUCAGGACAUUAUUUGGGUGAAACUAGGCAACUACAGAUGGUGGCCUGCAGAAGUACGUCACCCGAAAAACAUCCCUCCAAAUAUCCAAAAAAUGAAACAUGAAAUUGGAGAGUUCCCAGUUUACUUUUUUGGCUCCAAAGACUAUUACUGGACGCACCAUGCGCGGAUAUUUCCGUACAUGGAGGGGGAUCGUGGCAGCAAACAUCAUGGAGUUAAAUCCAUAGGCAAAGUCUUCAAAAAUGCUUUGCAAGAAGCCGAAGAACGGUUUAUUGAGCUUCAGUCACUGCGAAAAGCAAAGGAAACUCAGGAAAAUGAAAAAAAGCCUCCACCUUAUAAACACAUAAAGGUGAACAAACCCUACGGGAGAGUUCAAGUUUACACUGCUGAUAUAUCCGAAAUACCCAAGUGCAAUUGUAAGCCGACCAGCAACAAACCGUGCGGACUGGACUCUGAAUGUCUGAAUCGAAUGCUAAUGUACGAAUGCCACCCACAAGUGUGCCCCGCUGGAGAUAGGUGUCGGAAUCAGAGCUUCACCAAGCGUCUGUAUCCAGAGACCAAGAUCAUUAAAACAGAGGGAAAAGGAUGGGGUCUCAUUGCUACGAGAGACAUAAAAAAGGGAGAGUUUGUGAAUGAAUAUGUAGGGGAACUUAUAGAUGAAGAAGAGUGUAUGGCAAGAAUUCGCCACGCACAAGAGAACGACCUCAUGCACUUUUACAUGCUAACCAUUGACAAGGACCGAAUCAUUGAUGCAGGACCUAAGGGCAACUUCUCCCGCUUUAUGAAUCACAGCUGUCAGCCAAACUGUGAGACCCAGAAAUGGACGGUAAACGGAGACACUCGUGUCGGCCUCUUCGCUGUGCGGGACAUACCUGCAGGCGAGGAGCUAACAUUCAACUAUAAUUUGGAUUGCCUCGGGAAUGAGAAGACGGUCUGCAGAUGCGGAGCUCCUAAUUGUAGUGGAUUCCUUGGUGACCGACCAAAGAAUUCAACAGCAUCAUCGCAUGAAGAAAAAUCCAAGAAGGCCAAGAAAAAAGUGAAAAGACGCCGGACUAGAGGUGAAGGGAAGAAAGAAUCUGAAGAUUAUUGCUUCCGCUGUAAUGAUGGUGGCGAGCUAAUUCUGUGUGACAAGAAGUUAUGCACAAAGACUUAUCACCUCGAUUGUCUCGAUCUUGACAAAAGGCCAUUUGGGAAGUGGGAGUGCCCGUGGCAUCACUGUGAUGUCUGUGGAAAGGCUUCCGUGAGCUUUUGCUGCCUGUGUCCAAACUCCUUUUGCAAAAGCCACCAUGAGGAUGGACUGUACACACGGACGGCGGAGGGCAAGCUUUGCUGUCUGGACCACGACCCGGCCGAGUUCAAUGAAGUACAAGCUGCUGAAUGUAUACCGAAAGAGCACUCAAAAGCCAAGUAUAAGAAGAGUCAGAAGAGCAGAUAACCAGCGGACUGCAACACUACUGUAAAUAUGACUGUGAAUAAGGAGGAAAACGAAAGCCUUUUCCAUUGUACAGCUUUGUAAUAGACCUUGAUUCAGGACAGCACAUACACACUGAGCCAUCCUCUGCAGCCUCGGCUGCGUCUGCACUGAUACCGAGCUCUGCCAGCCAUAGCUCACCACCCAUUUUACCAGUGACCCACAUUUACACAGCAUUACCGUGACAUCCUCAUUAGCAGCUUACAAAUGGAAAGGCUUGUGUGGUAGUUUAUGACUGGAGCCGCUUGCAGGAUUUUUAAGUGCACCGUUUCAGCAGUUAUUUUACCUUUUUGUAAAACAAGACACUAUUGGCUCCACCAUGGAAAUCUAUACAUAUAUUUUUUUUUUUUGUAUUUUACUAGUCCAGAAGAUUCUUUGUGUAACGCUUUCUUAACAAGAUAUAGGUACAUUUAACACAAUAUUUUAAUAGUUAUUUUUUUUUUAAUGUUUUUUAAUCGGGGCUUUGGCUGCAAGUGCUUAGAAUGCAGGCUCUGUAAUGACUGUGCUGUAUUCAUCCGGCUCAGUCAUGGCAGCGCAUCAUGUUCAUUGAUGACUGUGCUGUAUACAUCUGGCUCUGUAAUGACUGCGCUGUGUGCAUCCGGCUCAGUCAUGGCAGCGCAUCAUGCAUUAGGGGCAGACCUACAAAGAGAACCAUGCUUACUUGCUUCCUAGCCUCAGCUGCUGCACUGGGCUCUCUCGGUGCAAACUUUUGUAUGACGCCGCUGCAGCCAAUCACUGUCCACAGUGGCGACCUGCUCCCCUUGUGUCAUGACAAAUGAUCAUGUGAUGCAAGGGGAGCAGGUCACCUCUGCAGCCAGCGAUUUGCUGCAGCACCGUCAAACAGGAAGUUUACAUCCAGGGAGCCAAGCGGAGCAGCUGAGGCCAUGGAGCGAAUGAGUGGGGAGCCAGCACUGAGAAACAAUGCUUCCCUUUGCAGGUCUGCCCAGGAGGGGAGUUUGCCAACCCCCCCGCCCAAAGGUGCGCGCUGCAUGCACCAUGACCAUGUUCACACAGCCAAAUGAUUGUGUUACGGCUAACUUUUUUUUUUUUUUUUUAGCACAUUUUUACCAUUUUAAGAGUGACUCCUUUUUGAUGACUGUGGGAACAAAUUGCUAUGCUUUUAAUUUUUUAUAUUUUCUUGCAUUCAGUCCAAGUAGUGUGCUCGUUUUACAAAUGCACAGUUGCUACCUCACCUGGUUACAAGUGUGGCUCCCACCUUGACGUUUUUUUUUUUUUUUUUUUUUUUUUUUUUCUCUUAUUGAGAUGGGUCUGCAAAAUGCUCCACAACACCGCAGCGGAGCGUUUCCUAUCUGCUUAUAAAGAUUCAUGGAAAAUCCACUGCCGGCCUCAUGGCUACGUCAUCUCAAGUUUUCUUUAGAAUUUUUUUUUAAAUAAUAUAUAGAGGCAGGUUUGCCAGUUUUUUUUAUUUUUUUUAUUGUAAAUUACAUGGUGUCAUAUACCUCUGUAUGUUCAGGCUGGGAUUCCACACAGUUCCAUUUAGCGCCAGGCAAUACGUCAUUUUAUGUGGAUAAUCAGUGUAUGUGUGCACGGCCGGGGAGGAUAUCCCAUGUACACACAUCUUGGGUUUUUGUUCUUGAAACAUAGCUGUUAGGUUGCGAAAAGAUUUUGCUCUGCUUUCCCCCCCAAUCUGAACACCAGACUUGACGAACUUCGCCAUUGCCUAAAACUAGCGAGCCUCCAAGAGACUUAGUAGAGCCAAACCAGAAGAUUAGGACUAAACAGUGUGGGCAUUUUACUCCUAGCAUUGCCCAUGAGAGGUAUUUUCUUACAGGCAGGAUCAUAGUUAAUCUCGAAGACCAUCGUGCCUUUUCUAGUUUGCCGUUGCCGAUAAAUUUUAUGAUAUAUCUUUAUUAUCUAUGGGGAUGUAGCCCCAUUUCUCUAAUGCAGAGGCCAAAGUUUCCCGAUUCCUUGCACACAGCUAGUUAAGUAAUAAGAGCACAUUCCAAAGUGGACGGCGUACAUUUUUAUUAUGGAUCCCAAUGUAUAGGUCGUAACUAGGGAUGAGCGAACUUCUGUUUUAGAAGUUCAGGUUACCGCAGAAUUACAUCAUGGAUCCCGUGACCACUCAGACCAUACCUUAUGGUCCCUGUCACGGGAUACAUAACGCAAUUCUGCAGUGACCAGAAGUUCGCUUAUCUUUAGUCGUAACCUCUUAAAGGGGUUGUCCAGGAAUAAAUAGUUUUUACCUAAUGCCUGC